UUUUAAUAAUUAACAAUUAUGGAAGUAAAAUAUCUGCGAAUACGUGAUGAGUUAAAUGAAUUAGGUUAUUAUCAAAAUUUUAAUAAAGAUUCUCUUCCACUUGUAGAGAGACUGUAUGGAGAUUUAAAAACAACGACAGAAAGCUUACAGAAAUAUAUGAAAAUAGCACAGGAUGCUAUUGAGGAAAGGGAUAAUUUACAAUUGGGAGCAGAACCAUAUAAAUGUGAUAAUGCAAAACUUAUAAAAGAGUGCAACGACUUACAUCUUGCAUUCAUACAGUUCAAAGAGCAACAUGAAAAAUCCCAAAAAGAUUUAAAAAGGCAAAUAAAUAAAUUAGAAGAAGAACUUGAGGAAGCAGAAACCGAAAAGCAACAACUGAAAAAAAGAAUACAAGGUUUAGAGUUCGAUAUAGUUGAACAAGGAAAUAUAAUAACUGGUAUUAAAGAGAAGAAAAAAGUGGUGACUGUGGCAAAGUCUCAAGCAAGUUCAAGAAGUCAGGAUAAAGAAUUCAGUAAAGCCAUGUCUGUGUCAGACACUAAAAUCAAAAACCUUACAAAGGAAAUCAAAGAUUUAAAAGAUUCUAAAUUAAAUUUGUUGGACAGAUUACAAUUUUGUGAAAAUCAGAUAAAUGCUAGAGAUAAGGAGAUAGAAAGGUUAACAGGGCUUGUUCAAGGAGGUAGGCCCUUAAAGGCUUUAAACAAAGACUGUUGUUACAAAAAUGUAGAUAAUAAAUGCCAAGCAUUGCAUGAACAUAUUCACAAGCUAAAAGAGGAGAACAUUUUGUUACAAAACAACUUAAAAGAUGCUGUUAAUAAACAACAUGAAGCAAUGAGAAGAGCUUUACACUUAGCUGAGAGAAACAAACAACUAGAAAAGGAACUUAAGGAUAUAGAUCAAAUAGCACUUGCUGUUGAAGCUGAAUGCAAUGAUGUUGUUAAGAAUAAAGCAGAAACUGUUUCGAGGUUACAGGAUAGAGUUAAUGAAUCUCUCAUUGUAAUACAAAAUUUGGAAAGGGAAAACAGUAGAUUGAAGCAAGACAAAGCAGAAUUGAAUUCAGAUUUGGAUUCAUUAAGAUUGGAGAAGAAUCAUUUGCAAAGAAUUUUAGAAAAAGAAGUGGAUGACAAGAAAACUUUAACUGACAAAGUGAACAACUUUACUAUUAUUGAGCAUGAUUUGAAUAUGGAAAUCGACAGGUUAGUAAGACUAUCGGCGGACCAGAAGAGGAAAAAUGCAGAACUAGAAUGUCUCAUUUCAUCUGAAAAAUUAAAAUCAUAUGAAUUUGUACCUAGUGCUUAUAAACAAACCAUAAGUGAAACCAUGGAAGAUCGUCAAUCAAGACAUUCUGGAGACAUAAAAUCGUCAUCCUCCAGAUCUCCAAUAAAAGGCCGAAGAUCAGGUACUUUGGUAAAACCCACGUCAAAAAUUACAUCAAGAUUCUCAGUAACAGAACCAGCCAAAAUUUCAAGCAGAGCCUCCCAAACCUAUCAACACAAGCCGUCAUGCCGAAUGUCUGAAGACAGCAACCUCCAAACUAACAUGAAGGACAUCAGUGAAACACAUAUCCAGGGAGAUGGAACAGUUCAGGCACCUUGUGGAUCGCAAAAUUGUUUAAGACAUAUGAGGGAAUUGCUGGACAAAGAAAUUGAUUAUAGGCAAGCUCAAGCAACGCAACUGUUAGAAACUGUGAGGCAGGAAAAGGACUACUACAUGAAAGAGUACCACAAACUUAUGGAUGAGAUAAAGGAUAGGCCAUCGUCGGGAAGCAGGUAUGCUGAUUUGAUGAAACAAAUCAAAGACCUUGAAAUUCUUAUUAAAUCACUGAAAGAUGAAAACAAGGCUCUUCACAUUGAAAGGACCAGCUGGAGGGACAGCAUGAUGAGUACUAAAAGUCAAACCAAUGACUGCCAAGAUCUUUUGAAUCAGCAAAGAAUCAAAAGAUUGGAACGGGAAAUCGAAAUUCUACGCGGGGAUUUGAAAAUUUUGGAGGAGGAAAGAGAUAAUUGUCGAAAAAAAUAUCAGGAUUUGCUAUGUCGAACUGAUAGUGAAAAAGAAAGGGUGAAGAAGGCCUUCCAAGAGAUGGAAAACCACAUAAAAAUGUUGGAAGAUGAAAGGCGCGAUUUGGUUAUAGCACAGGGAACGCAGAGAUCUUCCAUAUCUCAAUUGGAGGACAAUCACAAGACAUUAAAGGAAAAACUGCGUGCCUCGGAAGAUGAACUACGAGUUACUAAGGCCAAUUACAAUCAGUUAAAGAAUCUCCAUGAUCAAAUGGAGAGGUCAGUGUGUGAAUUACAAAAUCAACUGAGCAGGGCAGAAUCGGAAGCUGGAAGUUUGAAACAACAAAUGAAGUCGACUGAAAGGAUGACCAACCAAAGCCAGAACGAAGUGGCGACUUUGAAUAGUGACAUAUCACUUUUAAAGAAGCAACUUACCAAAAUUGACCAAGAGAAAGACGACCUUUUGAACGCCCUGGACGAGAAAACUGAGAAAAAUGCAGCACUAGAAGAACAGUUGAAGAGUAAAAAUAAAUCUAUUACCAGUUUGGAGGAGGAAAAGAAAGCUCUGAGCAAGAAAUUAAGUGUGUACGAAGAAGAAACCAUCCAUAAAGAUGUGGAGGUCAGGAGUUCUCGCAACGAGUUGCUCGCCUUACAGUCCGAAUUGGACAAGGAGAGGAAAAUAAAGGAGGCACUCACCAGAGAGAAUAGACGGUUGCAAGACGACUUGACCAGCGUCACAGUGGACUGUAAGGACGCGAGGAACGAAUUGGAAAUACUGCACCGACAAGUCGAAGAUUUGAAACGGCAGUUGCAGAUAUACGUUGCCGAAAUCAAGAGGACCGAAGACUUAAUCUCGCAAAAGGAGGUGGAACGAAAUGAAAUCCUGGAUCAAUUCAAGAGUCUGUCGGAGGAGGCCACAGCUCUGGAGACCAACAAUCACACCUUGGAAAAUGAAGCAACUCAAAACAAAGUUCAAUUGUCCGUGGCCUUGGACCACGCCUCAGACUUGGAGAGGAGGUUGGAGGACAAGAAUUCUAUAAUCAGGAGCUACGAAAAACAAAUUUCAGAGUUGACCACACAAUUAGCUUCAUAUGAAAUGCAAUGCAAACAAAGAGACUGUGAGCAGAAGAACUUAAGCGAAGAGGCGAGGGAGAUGAAGGACCUGUGCCUGAAGAUGGAUAAGGAAAAAGAUAAUUUACAAAGAGAAAUGCUGAGACGAGAUGAUGAAAUCCUCAAAAUCCAGCGAAGCUUGGAGUUGCUCAAAAACGAGAACAGGGAGUUGCAAGCCAGAUUGAAUAGAGAUCGUGACAAUUCUGAUGAUUUGGAAAAGCUAUUGUCGGAAGCAAGACAAGAUAUAAUCAACCAAAGGUUGGAGAAUCAAGAUUUGCAAAAUGAAAUUUCAAGGCUAAAGGCUGACAUUGUUGAUUUACAAGUUCGACUCAAAUCAGAAACGUCGAGUUCAGUGGGCUCACCAAGUGACAGAGGAAUCAUAUAUAAAAGACUUUCGUCUCCUGAAUCCGUGCCCGAAAGUACAGUAUCUUUGAAGCUAAAACUGGGUAGAGCUGACGUAACACCCACUUGUUGCCCAUUAUGCGGAUGUACCACCGUUAAAAACAAACAAAGCCGUAACGUCCAAAGUAAUUCAUAUUCGGACAAAUGUUCCUGCGAUAAGAACCCGGAGAGACCGGACCAGAGACGCAAAGUCAAAAAAUCAGCGAAACACAUGGAUAAAUUUACGGGGACUGUAGAAAAUCAACUAGAAGACAUAAAUGAAAGAGGUGAUGUGUCCCCAGUUCGUUCUAAACUCGCCUUGAAAAUAUUAAAAGAACACACUCCUUCCAAGUUUACCUGCGACCGAGGCUGCAUCAGGGACAUCAUAAAAAAUGUCGAAAGUAUUUGCAGCAAAAGCAUGGUCAACGUCAAAGAUAAAUAGACGAGCUGGUUGAUGUAAAUUUUAAUGUAUAAUAAACGUUUUAAUUGUU